UGGUGCGUGUCGUGCUAUCUGAGAGCAGUGUACGACAAUGAGCCAUUUUAAGACCGGCUUUAUUACUUUUAUCAGGUUAGGUAAUUGAUUGUUAGAUUGUUAGACUCGACUGUUUGACACAAAAGUAUACCGUUUGUCUGUUUUCGCACGAAGUUUGCAUAAUAUGUCGCCAACGAUUUUUUGGAUUACGACCAUAGCGAUAAAAGAAUAAGUUAAACGUGCCGAAAGUGAUACUGAACAUUUUCGAUUUGGUCUACUUAGCGAAGUCGUUUAGUAUAUAAAACUAUAUAUUGAUUUUUUAAUAGAAAACGGGAAGAUAUAAAGGAAUAUAUUGAGCGACUUUGUUCGGCUAAAGUGAAAAUUCAAAUUUAAAAGAAACAAAUCCUGGAAUUGUCACGACCGAGUAAAAGUUCGUCAAAACUACAUAAUAGUCUUUUUAGCGACCCAAAAUCGUUCCUUAUGCGUUGUGCCGCAAAAUAAUGAGUGGACUUCCAGUAUGGCGGCAAUUUCAGGGGUGGUUGUGCGUGUGUUGGUGCGUGCUGGGGCUGGCGGCGGGUAACGCCCUCCUGAAGCCCUCCCACAGGGGCAUGGUAUGGGCGCGGUCCUCCUAUAACAGUGGCUCGUAUGACUAUAUGGGUGUCAACUGUGGCGGCAUCGGGAAAGUACAGAAGUAUGACGGGAUGUGCGGAUUGUGCGGGGACCCCUUCGACGGCACGCGACAUCACGAGACGGGUGGCAAGUACGCCACAGGGGACAUAGCAAAGGUUGUGAAACUAGGGCAGAGAACUCUUUCCGUACAGGUUCUUCUCAAUAGCAAACAAGGCGGCUAUUUCGAGUUUGCCAUCUGUGAUACAGUGCCGGAAACGCGGGACUGUUUUGAUAACAACCUCGUUAAAAUUACGGAAGGCCGGGCGCAGGGGGAUCAAUUCGGUUACUGGCCGGAAAAGGCCGGAAUUAUCUCCCUUACUCUUGAGAUUCCGGAUAAUUUCGCCUGUGAUCGCUGUGUGCUCCAAUGGAAAUACGUCACAGGUAACACAUGGGGCCGUGACGAGUUGGGCCACGGCUGUCGGGGAUGCGGCAUCCAGGAGACCUUCAUCAACUGCGCAGACAUUCGCAUAGAGGGAUGGAGCAGACCCAUUCCGCUGCCGACCAUCGCUAGGCCACCCCCGAUCGUCUUCCUGCCGCCUCCAACAACCACACUUCCACCAACAUCACCCCCGACCCAGCCACCAACGACGCCCCCACCAACAGAGCCUCCUACCGCCCCGCCGACCACUGCUGUGACCACACCCACUGUCAUCCAAUCAAAGCUGACCACCAAUGUUGGCAAACAAACAACAGCGGGACGACUGAACUUCACACGGCGACGGACGGACGUUGACGAGGGCUCCCGUCGACGGACCAAUCCCGUGCAACAGUUCACUGCAAAAGGAGUAAACCCAAACCGAAACUUUAAUUACAGUCCCCCUCAGGCGUCCGUGACGGCAGCAGUGUACGCCGUUAAAACCACACCACCACCAGUUAAUCCACCGACAAUACAACCGGUUUACGAAGUGAAGAAGUUUGCCGUAGCACCUGAGAUUGUGGCAAACAAUCCGGCCGCGCCGGUAAACAUCCCGGUUGCUCAGGCCACCCAGGCGUCCGUCCCUGCCCCGGGCUCACAUCCAUCCCGCAGUAUCCCAUUCCCCGCAUCGGCUGUCGCGGCUGUUGUAAUCCCCCACCAGUCUUCAGUCGAGCCGCCGCUGGAGAAGACCACGUAUGUGAAGCGGGCCGUGGGUGACUACGGGCGGGGUGGAGGGGGCGGGCCGGCCAAGAUUCCCCGCCCUCCGGCCCUCUCCAACCUCCAGAUCUCCGCUCUGAACAGCCGGGCGAAUGUGCUCUCUCACCCGGACAAGUUGCAGAAGUACGUGCAGGUGGGCAGCAGCCAGAUGGUCGUUGGCAAAGACUUUUCCACCGUUUACACUAGCAAGAAUCCGACGACAGCUGCUCCUUUUUACCUGGCACACUAUAGCCAAUCAGGGAUGGGCCAGAACUUUCCACAGGCAGUGCCUUACAGAGGAAGUUACUCGAGGACCGGUGCACAAGAGCAAAUGUUUGGAACUAUUCCUCAAGGAAAUAACAGGAACAAUGCUGUACAUACUGGAGAAAUUAUGAAUGAAUAUUCUCCGACAAACGAAGGCAUAAUGACAAGUGAACAACAAAAUUUCGGACAUUCACCCCGCAGAGGAAAUGGAAAUGUACACGAUCCAUGGAGGGUUGAAGCCCGAGGUAGCUCUGACAGUACACCACCUCCCCAAGAUUUUCAGAGGACUUAUGAUAGAUAUGGAAGUCUUCUGGAGAAAACUCCCGCCCCUCGACUGGGACCAGGUGCACCAUUAAAGAGUGACAUUAUGCACACUGGUAGCGCAAACGGUGACGUGUACACUAGUAAUGGUAUUACCGAUCCGGGUCAAAGUCAGUCUAAUCAUAGGCAGUUCGGGAACCAUAAUGAUAAAUAUAAUAAUCAAGGACAAGCGAGUAGGGACAAACAGUCUCAACAGAAGCAAGCAUGGUACGAAGGAUAUGGGAGUGUGAAUAUCCCGCCCCCACAAGAUAAUUCCAGAUAUAAUAUACAGAAUGAACGGUAUGGCGGCCUAGAUAACAAUUGGGCUCCUCAACCACCAAAAACCACCAGGCUACCGGUUGUGGAUACCUCCACGCAUAAGGAAACCAACAACAACAACGCUCGUCAAACAAUAAACUCCUGGCGUAGAGCCCCUGUACACGAUGCAAUAGAUAUUACGCCUGUUCCGAUUGACAAACCGGUGAACUUCUUCAAAAACCAAGAUCAUUCGUUCCGCCCCCCGGUUGUUAUUAAAGAACGAUUCACAAACUACGAGAUAGGACAUAAAGGAACGAAUCAAAACGGCCCGACUGACACAAGUCGGAAUAUGAACACGCGCAACUAUGACGUUCCACCGUCACAGGUCACUGCGAGCUUGGUUGACGGACGGAGCCAGCCACUAGGGGGAGAUACCCCGACUGUACAAGUCCCAUAUGAGAAAAUAUACGACCCCUCCAUGAAGUUAACCGGCCAGUUUGGAAAUCGAUUUCAAAAGUCGGAAACACCUAAUGAUUUUUGGUAUCAAUCAGGCGCUGGGCUGAACGACCUGAACGGUAAACCUCAAAUGGCUGAGUCGUAUGUAAAACCCGCAACUACGACACAGAAACCGGCAAUACAAAUCGAGAUUGAGAGAAAGAUGGCAGAAUUAAAGAAACUAGAAGAACUGCAACGAAUUAACAACAGACUUGCCCAGUUGAAAUUAAUGUUAGGGCUGCAGGUAGGAAUAACACCUGUCACUACUACUAUCGCAACAACUACAACAAGGGCCACUGAACCUUUCCAUUAUAACAACCUGCAAGAUGGAUCCAUGUCUCUAAGCAAACUAGACCAGCUGAAACUGCUGUUGGGGCUGACUGAAACUCCAACCACCACUACCGCCCGGACCUCGGCAGCUCCCAGUUUCGACUCACAAUAUGGAGGAGAUGCGUUUUCCCAUGGCCUUUGGUACAACACGGAGCAGGGUCAACAGUCGAUGAGCCCCACCCAGGAAGCGAAAUUACAACAAGACCUGUGGAUCAAGCUGAUACGCGGAGAUCAAGGGAAAAUAAGGUCGAAUGUUCUCAGCUUGCCAUCGAAACCUACAACACAGAGUUAUCAGACAACCACAAAAAUACCAACAAACACUCAAGAAUACAUCGCAGAUUUCAAAACCAAAAUGCUGCAGUCAAUAAGAAGUGCAAAUGCGUUGAAGGGCGUUAGUGACACAAACGGGAAUGUCAGUGGCCAAAGCGGGGUUAGCUGGCAGCAGAACCGUUGGAGAGAAAUGUCAGCGGGAAAUAGAAACAGCCAGAAUGCGGGGCAUCCCGGGCAGAGCUCCGUGAACGCCAGGCACUGGCAGCAGAGCGAGAGUGGGGCACAGCUUGGGUAUCUUAAAAGCACCCCUGAUGUUCAGACUAUGCAAUAUGAUUCUUUGUUGCCAAACGGUGCUAGAUCAGUAAAAAAUGUGGAGACGAUUUAUCAGACAACGACCCAAGCACAACCACACACUAAUUCUCCAUCCAAAAACAAUCUGAUUGCCGCACUGAGAAAACUCAUCGCUGCAAGGAGUAAGUCCACGGGGCCUCCAUUACGUGAGAUGCACGUGGAAAAUUAUAUAAAAAGGGAACGAAUCAAUAUGACCACAACAGAGGCCCCGUCGCCUCAACUCCAGCCAAAGGCCGGAGACAGUAGCCCAUCGAGAGGAGGAAACACAUCACGCUUCUCCAAGGAACAGAUGGAUAUGAUCCGGAGACGGGUGGAAAUGUUUAAACGAAUGCGCGAUAUGAGAAUAUCGAGACCCACGCAUAUAACUAAUACGCGAACAACCAACAACGACCGCCCGAUACACCUGCCAAACACCAGGCCCAGCCACCUGGGAAGGUCUUCAAACCUUGGACAGGAGAAGAAAUGGACAGCGAAUAACCGCCCAACACACAUUAUCGACCAUCCGAACAACAACCGACCAACAGUACACUCAUUCUUGCAGUCCCCAAAACAGAAUAAUCUCAAUUUAAGUGGAGCUGCGGACAUAGUCAACAAUGGUGGAACCACCCGCUCGUAUCAGACCCCUCGCUCUAUUGACCCCUCUAAGAGUUACCAAGGACACGGUUCUUCAACGACUAGAGUCCCAUCAGCAAACGGCGCUCUGUCACCAUUUCAGAAAUUGUUUCUAGCAACGGCCGAAAAGAGGCUUUCGGCUUCCAAAGACAUAUCGGAUCAGCAUCGGGAACGAAUAAAAAAGGAAUCACCAGUUUCGAAAGGGGCGCCGCUCUUGGCUGAAUCAACACGGGACAUAGCUAUCAAAGAUUUAGGUGUUCAUGGUAACAUUGCAGAACAAACUGUAAAGGAAAACACUCAGAGAGUGAAACCAGGACCUUCCAAUAAAGACGUUCUCUAUAAAUUAUUGCAAGCAUUGAGGGACAAAAACAGUGCCACCACAACUAGCUAGAUUAACUUGUCAAAUUGUGGUGCUCAUACAAAAGUGUUUGUGCAGCUGUCGAGAAGAGCGCAGACCUGAAGGCGCUUGACAUGCGCUCAUUUGGUUGCUGUUGUUGUUUUCUGUUUUGUCUAAUGUCGUGGAGUAGCACACAAGUGUAUAUUAUCAGAAUUAUAUUUGAAGAAAGCAGUAGUUAAGAUUUUAUAAAGUAUACAUUUUAACAAAUUAAAUGGUUUUAUGCGACGCAGUUGUAUAAUAAUUUACUCUGUGUAAGUACAUAUCAACAAUCCGUUAACUGUUUUAGUGGUCAACGUUAUACUGUGUAAAAUACAAACUAUCGGGGCAGCCACAAUUUAUAUUUACCGCUUUACCUGAUUAAAAUCAAUAACGAUUGACUGCUUAUUUACUGAAAAAUUGAAUAAGAUUUUUUUAAAUACUUUCUUUUUAUUGGACAAAAUGUAAUAUUGACCAUAAACCAGUUAUUGUUAUUAUUAAGUCAGUACUAUAAACACUCUUUAUCUCUUACAAAGACCUACAAGCUUGAAUGUUAAUAUGAUCCAUACACUCUCUUAAAGCAUUGCGAAUGAUCUUCACUUUGUUAAAACACAUAUUGCAGUAAAACGCAUUAAAGGGGUAACAGGACUAUAUAAACCUCUAGGGGGCGCUGGGGCAAGCUUUAGUAUAAUUUUAUGCAUGUUUCACAUCAGGGACACUUUUUCCAAAUUUAUGCAAUGCUUUCAAAAAGUUGAGACAUGAAACUUUGCAGGCAUGUAGAAUGAAGGUUAAACAAAUAAAAAAUCCUUAAUUUGUUUUUGAAACAUUACUAGAAACAUGACUUUAAGAAAAAAAUCCAACUGUCAGAUUGAAAAUUUGAGUGGCUAAUUGGUGUUCUGGGGGUUAUGAACUCUCUGAUGUAAACAUUACCACGUGCUGGUGUUUACAUCCUUAGCAGCUUGCCUGUAGCAGACGACAUGCCUCACUAUCAAAUACUGUAGUAACAAAAGUGAACAAACCUUGAUAAGUUUUUAUUCCACCUGAAUAUCCCAAAAUUAUUGAUUGAUAUCAUCAGCUUCAUAUGCUACAUUUUAGUCUAAUUGUUUUCUAUGAUAUUAACACUUUUUCCUUUUGAAGCGUUACGUAAUUAAUAAGUCUGGUGAAUCAUUCCCAGGUUUAAAUAUGUAACAUUGUUUUCAUAUUUGUCGUUUAAAAAAAAUAAUUAUGAACCUCAUUGCUUAAAUGUUAGUUGCUCCUUCGCUUUCUAUCAAAAGCUCUGUCAUCAUUGCAAAUGUUUAUAUCCCAGCCAGGUAAAGUGAAUAUCUCCUAUUGUUCUUCAGUCAUGUAAACUAUAUAUAUAUAUAUAUAUAUAUAUAUAUAUAUAUAUAUAUAUAUAUAUAUAUAUUUAUAUAUAUAUAUAUAUAUAUAUCUUUGUCCUGAUUAUUUUGUUCCAUAUUUUGAGUCUUCUUAUUCUGCCCAAAGUUAUUAUUUUAAAGGAAGGCAGUACCUAGUUCCAUGUCUUGCAAAUGUUCAUGUAUAACUGUGUUUGAGUUUCCUCCUUUUUGACUCAAAAUGUGCAUUUGAUUUCCAGUUAUCAAUACACAAACCAGAUUCCAGCCAGUGACAUUUAAUUACCAAUUAAAGGUGUCAACACUAUCUGAAUUGUUUCCUUGCUGAACUCGUUUACAAUAAGGUUAAUUUGUACUAGGGUUGUGGAUGCAUUCAAUAAAGCAUUAUUAUAGUAUGUUGGCAAUAUAAUUAGUUUUGGAUUCCGGACUGAGAAUACCCCUUGCUAUUUUGGACUGGAAUGAGAAUGUUGAUUCUAAACAUUUGAGAGGGAUGUCCAAUACAAAAAAAAAAAUUAGUCGAAAUAACAAAAUGCCAGUCAGGGACAAGAAAACAAUCAUUUCAAAGAAAACAUCUGUUAAAGAUGGCUUGGUCAUCUUUAUUUCAUAUAGAAGAUUGUAGUGUGGGGAAACACAUCGUCUGCUCUGAUCAGCCCUGUAUGUUUACAUUUCUCUUGUGUGUGCUAAAGAUAGAACACUGAGUUUAACAGACAGGUACAUAGCUCAGGGAAUUCACAAUAAGCCACUCCCCAUUUACUCGCUGCCGAGGCAGCGAAUGUUGCCCCUUUAAAUACAUAAUAAACUUACAGAAAUCUGAAUUUGCGAGACAGGAGUUGAACAUUUAGUUCUUCCCCCCUUUAUGUGUUUGUUGUAUUGUUUUUGUUUUAUUUGUGUUAAGUGAAGAUCUAUAUACUGGUUCAUUUUGCAAAUAAACAAUAGAUUGU